AUGGACUCGCACGGAUCCAUUGCCGCCAUCGACAUGGCUGCUAACCAACCCAGCCGUCGCCAAGUUGAUGUCGACGUCCACCCCACCGACAUCAACACCGCCGAGUCUAACAUCCGCGAUCCGCAGCAGGACCAGCGUCAGCACAUUGCCGGCGGUCAGCCGCUGCCGCCCGAUUCAGUACAAAUGGCUCCCGCCGACGAGGGUGCCGGUGCAUCAACCACCCGUAGUGCUCGUACCUCAAGUCUGUCCAAUCUGUCCGACUAUGCACGCUUCAUGCUGCUGCACACCAAGCAGCAGAUGGAUGCCACCCCUGGCUCGCCGCCUCCGGCACAUCUACAUGUUGCUGGUCCUGCCGGUGAUGGUCCUCGGUACCGGAGCGGCAGCUUGACCAUGUCCGAACGCAGCCAGGGCCACGACCGCGCCAGCAGUACUCACAACACCAGCAGCUACAGCCGCGGUGCCAGCCAGAGCACAAGUCCUGGCCGCAGCCAGCACCACCACAACAACAGCCCGCACCACCAUGCCCACCGGACAGCGUUGGCCAACAGCACGGCUUUGCCCAACGGUGUAUAG